GCAAAGUACUCUUCUCUCUCCCUUUCCCUGAUGUAAUCUGUCUCCUUCUCUCCUUCAAAACGGUGCCGUUUCUCGUUUUCCUCGUGUCGUUUCAUUGAUACAUCUCCAACACAUCUUAACCUGCGCAUCUAGCGGGUGCGCCCACUAUGGAGGCGCACUCCUCAUUUGUCUCCAAAGCCAGGACUGCCUUCCAUUCUGCGGCUGCUAAAGCGGAGCGUGUUUUCACUGAUUUGAAAUCUGAUCUAGAUUCUGAUAAGCGGUCACCGAAGGAAGACGAUGAAUCAAAGGAACAGCAUGAAGUGAAGCCUCCAAGGUGGAGGCCUGCUCAUAUUGGCACAAAACAGGACUGGCAAGACAGAUUUAAGAACAUUAGAAUAGGGAGAAAAGUAGUCGAAAAUCCUGAGAAAGUGGACAAUUCUGCCAUGGCUGUGCCUUUUUAUGAUGAGAAUGUAUACCUGCUUAAAAUGAAAAAUGAUCUUGAGUCAAAGGGGUCAGAAGUUGCUGCCUUAGUAGAGCGCUUAAAUUCGAUAGAUGCAAAUAGUAUUCCUCCAACAUCUGUCAUGAAGCAACUGGCUAUAGCUGUUGAGGCUGGAAAGAGGUCUAAAUCAAUUAAAGACUUUUUGGCAUCAACUGGAGAUUCAUCACCUGUCAGGGAGAGGGCAGCUUUGACCCUGUCUGCAGUGAAGUCAUUAGUUCUUCGUGACAAAGAGGAUAAAGUUGGAUUUGAUUCGGGUGAUGAGGAUAAAGUCUUGUCAUUGAUAAGUUUGUUGUUUGAUGGAGAGGGGAACUUCCUCAGAAGGAAGACUGGCUCUGAUUCAGAGGCACUUUACGACUUGACAUCUUUUCCUAGAGAUAUUCAUGGUGCUCCUCCUGAGAGCUUAGUUGUUAAGCUGGCUGAAGUAAUUGGAAGUUUUAAAACAAUGCGGAGAAUGGCUUUGUUUUGGUGCAAGGUUGUUACCGAAUUGAGAAGACUUUGGUCUGAAGAACAACACGUGCCAGGCAUUCCUCUGGAUGAGAUUCCAGAUUUAAAUUCCUGUCUUUUGCAUCAGCAAUUGCAGGUUAUGAAUUGUUGUCUUUCCAGGAAAAGACGACGCACCAUCGCCACUGAAUCAUUAGAUUCUGUAAUGAGGCAAGCCAGUUCAAGUAUUGAUGAAUCAGCUGUUUCUACAGGCACGGUUUCUUCAAGCGCUCUACUGUACGCUAGGACUAGCAGUGGAGAGCUUGUUCUCCGAUUAGGAGCUGAUCAUCAAGUCGAAAAAUUUAAAUUGUUGGAAACUGGUGAGCCUGUAUAUGCUCCUGUUACACAGGAAGGACCUUUGCUUACAGAAGAUGUCAUCAGAGAAACGGAGGAGUUUGUGCUCCGAACAGGGAGCAUGGGUGCUGGGUGUUCUCAACUCCUCUCUGACAUGCAGGCUUUCAAGGCUGCAAAUCCUGGUUGUAUUUUAGAAGAUUUUGUGAGAUGGCACUCCCCACCAGAUUGGACUGAAAGUGAGCUCUGUAAUGAUGAGGUAAAAUCCUGUGAAGAUGGUGAUUCUUUGAGUACAAGAGGUCAACUAAGUAGUAGAAUGCAAAAAGAAGGUAAUUUGUGGCGUGAACUCUGGGAAACUGCCAAACCAGUGCCAGCAGUUAAACAAACACCUCUGCUUGAUGAGGAUUUGACAGUUGAAAGUAUUCUGAAUGCUUUAGAGGACAUCUCCCCUUUGGAACUUUUUGAGCAACUCUUUGUUUCUUUAUUUGGUUUGGGAUUCAUAUUGAGUGAACCUAGAUUCUCCACAAACGAAGAUUUGUCGAAGCUGUUCAAUGAAUGCAAAGACUAUGCAGUUGCCAUUUACCAGGGAGAUACAUGGAAUGAGAAAGUUGAUGAUCUUUGCCAGGUUUAUGAAACAGUGGAGACUAUGUUACUUCGCCCUGAGGAAAUCUUAAAACCCGAAGAACCUGCCACCCCUUGUGGUGAACCAAAAAGUAGAUUUAAGCGGCUCAGUUUAAUUUUUGGUGGCAAGGAUAAAGGGCAGAAAAAGCUACCAUUGGAACCGCAAAAGAAAUCUGAUGAGACGCCAACCCGCCAGCCAUUCGCCAAUUUUUUUGAUGGCAAGUCAUCUUUAUUUUCAAAGAAGCCUCCUAAGCCUGAAAAUGCAACCCCAUCUGAAAAACCAGAUGAAAGUGAUUGGACAAUUGUCUGAUAUUCUUCUUUUUCACUUCUUCCUCUCCUUUAGGUUAGUUAGGUUAUCAUUCUUCUGGUAAUUGUAAAUUAUCCUUUUACAGAUGAUUGAAAAAAGUGUAAGUUACAGUUACACUUGUAGUUCAAUUUUAUUACAAUUAAAACCCUUAUGAUAUUUUUUGUGAA